CGUCCAUAAGUUAUAGUCUCGCCUAUAUCGCUUUAUUUUAUGGGCAUAAUGAAAUUUCUGUUUUCAACCCCGAUAAAAUUAAUACUUGAUUACUAUCGGUAGAAAGUUAUUGUGGGUCAUUAGUAAACGACGUAAUAUAGGCUGUUUAGUUUCAAGAAUAAAGUUGCAAUAAAAAUGAGUUUUCUGGACUGCUGUUUCUUUUUAACGUCAUUGUAGUCCGUGAGAAUCUUUUCAAUGGUGAGACCUUAAUAGGACAAAACAUGCGUCCUAGAUUUCACUGCUAGCCGUAUACCAAAUAUACUAAAAACUUGCUGCAUACGCAGUGAGACGGUGGAGAAUCGUACAUUGAGUGGAUGGUUUUGGCAUAGUUUUGUCCUCUGAACUGGACGGUUUAAUCGUAAAACUUUUUCUAAAAAAACAUCAGCACAAACUUCAGGUGGAAGCAAGGUAUUCGAAUCAGUUUAAAGCAACCAAGCAAAAUAUGUAGACAACAGGUUGAGGGUCAGCGAUAACUGAUUGGAUUCAUGACCAACAGUUCAAGCUGUCAGCCAUGUGUGGGGAAAUUCUAAUACUUUACUUUGCCAGCAUUUUAUGUUGAUAUUUGGAAAAAUAACUAAAGGUUCACGAAUAAACCAUCCGUCCUAGAAAACGGAACUCCAUCAAGAAGUAACGCUAUUUCAAUUCAAUCUACUUCAAAUACACCUAUGAGGACAGACUGAUUAAUUGCAUAUAUAAACAACAACGAAAAAUUACAAGCAUACCUUCAUGUCCAUUUGGAUUGCUGGACAUGGAAAAACAACUUUUCCAGAAAUAUUACAAAAGCCUGUCUGAGUUUCAAAAAGAUGUUUCUGGACUCCUCAAUAGCGCUCUUCAAUAUUAUCAAAUUGAAUCAAUGGCUCACAAUGAAGCGCAACGUUUGCUAAAUCUAACUACUGAUUGGUUUAAUUCAUUAAGUGCAAAUUAUGUCACUAUUUUGAAUCGUCCACCAGAUAGUGGAGUGACAGUUGAUAGAAACUUGCAAGUCAAAACAUCAGAUAGUAAUGACAUAUCCAGGGAAACCUAUUUAAAGAUUUUAAAUCCAGAUAAUAAUGGUAUUAUCAGUGAAACAGAACGAGUUCAAAGUAUUGGAGACGAGGCAGGCCACUUGUAUUCAGGUUCGUAUUUACUUCCUAAUGGUGGCUACCGAGAAGAUCGACGCAAUAAAAUCAUACCGUACACAUAUUUAGACUAUGGCCCUUAUUACUCAUUUGCCCCAGUUUACGACAGUGGGGCUUCUCAUUGCACUCCAGAGUCAAAUCAAUUGUUAUUAGGAACCACAUGGCUACCGGCACGUACUCCAUUUGUACUUGGAAGCUGUUCAUCGAAUAGUUUUGAUCCAUAUAGUUGUGCAAAUGGUUUCGAGAUAACAGAUGAAAUAAUAUCAACUGUCUUGGAAAUGGGAGAUCAAGAGUUAGCUGUCUCUCUUGCGGUUGCAGAAGGUGAACAACGUGAAAUAGCCCAAUUAUCAUCUGAAUUAGAAGACAUAAUUCCUGGUCCUGAUGUACCUGAUGAGUAUGUAUUCAGUAUGUGUUUAGCUAAUGCAUUUACACGUGACCUUAUUAAGAAGGAAGGGAAACUGUCUGCUUUUGAUUCGUGUUCAGAAGUUAAUUCUGAUGAAAAAAGUAUCAAAUCUACAGAUGUCAACAACUCUCCUGCUGCAUGCGACUUAGAUUGUGUUGAUCGUCAUAACUCCAUCCAUUCAAGUGUACAUUUGCAGUCUGAAGAACAAAGUGUUGCUGAUGAUGCUAAGCAAUUGAGUACAGAACUAUUUGAAUCAGCACAAGAUUUAAAUGCACUUUAUUGCUCACAAUAUUUGAGACUUAGUAACACUUCUCAGGCUGCAAAUCUAGGCUCAACACUGCGACCAACUCCAAAUGAAAUGUCCAUCGCACAUAGACUAACUGAAAAACUGAUUAAACUGACGAAACAUGCUCGUCCAGGGGAUCUCAUCCAUCCAUAUACUGUAAGAAAAGCGAUGGGUUUAAAUCCAAAUGAGUAUUUUUUACCGGAACAUUUAAUUUCAAGUGAUAAUUUUGUGAAUACUGCGCAAAUGUAAAUUUAUAUAAACAUAAAUGUAGAGAUAUUUAUUUUGUAAUUUAAGUUGUUAGUUUGUUUGAUUGCUCUGAUUUCGUCAAUUUAUAAUGUAUUAGGUUGAAAUAGAACUUUUUCCAUUUAUUCUAAUUCAUAAAAAUGAGUCUUUUUCUUUUUUACGUAGUCAUAUAAUAUGCAUGAAUGUUGUGCUAAGGUGUUGUUCUCAGUCUGUCUUGUAAGUAACAUUUACACUUUUCUUCAAAACUUUGCUUAUUUUUAAAAUAGGAAUUGUAUAUCUCAUAAAUAUACUAUGAAUUACUGUAUAUAAAGCAUUUUACAGCUUUGAUGUUGUUUCUUUAUAUACUAGUAUUCCGAUUGAUAUAUGCUUAGAAUUCAUUAGUGGCUUACUAGAGAAUGACAUUACUCUAUCGGACAGAUGUUCUUUAAGCAUCAGUUUAAUCGUGAGAUCGUUAAAACUCUGCUUAAAUUCAACUCUAUUCACCUUCAACGGAACGUUAUAUAGACAAACAAAUGGUGUAGCAAUGGGUUCUCCCGUGUCCCCGAUUGUGGCCAAUCUUUUUAUGACACACAUAGAAUCAAAGAUUUUCUCCAACGAAAUUAAACCACGAAUUUGGCUCAGAUAUGUAGAUGACACAUUUGUAGUAAUAAAAAAGACUCAUCUGAGAUCGUUUUCAAAACUGUUAAAUACACUUUCAUCUCACAUCAAAUUCACGAAUGAGAAUGAAAAUGAACAUGGAGAGCUACCGUUCUUAGAUUGCUUAGUGAAAAGAAAUAUAAAUGGAGUUCUAAAUUUAUCCAUCUACCGAAAGCCCACACACUCCAAUCGUUACAUCGACUUCCAUUCAGCACAUCCUUUCAGUGCUAAAAUUUCGUUAGCCUUAAAUCUUGUUAGAAGAGCCAACAAGAUCAUCUCUUCAGAAGAGGACAAACAAAAAGAACAAAAGAAUAUAAUUAGCAUCUUACAAUUUAAUAAUUUUCCUAUGAAGAUUAUUAGAAGUAUAUUAAAACAAGACAAUUCAGUACACAAUAAUAAUAAUAAUAAUUCGAAUGAAAUGCCAUGGAUUGGUACUGCAGUCUUAUCAUACCGUCAUGGCACAACUGAAGAACUCCAACGGAUAUUAAGACAACACAUAAUUAAAGUAUAUUACAAAACAACUAACACACUUCGAAUUACUUUAGUUCGAUUAAAAGAAAAAAUACCAUUCAUGUCUACACAGAACUGCGUCUACAAAUUAGGUUGUGUCGAUUGUGAUGCCUUCUAUAUUGGAGAGUCAUCUCGCGAAAUCUUAACUCGCGCUAAAGAACAUAUCAGGUACACAAAGAAACCGCCUAAUAAUCCUGUAGAAUUAGAUAGACUUCAGAUUAAAUCGGCAAUAGCAGUUCACGCCAUUUUCAACAGUCAUCAAAUUGAUUUCAAAAAUAUCAAAAUACUACAGGAAGGUUUUUCUAACUACAAAGAAAGAAGAGUAGCUGAAGCUUUCCAUAUAAUGCUUAAUCCCACAGCUCUCAAUAGAAAGGAAGGCCUUACCAUACAGCCUACUUGGACCAUCUAUCCUAGUCACUCAGUCUGAUAUUAUUUACAAUUUCACACCAUUACAUUACAAACCAAACUCUAUCCUUUGUAAUUAUAAAGGUCACACAGUUUUCAUUAUUAACAGUGCAUACAUACACACAAAAUUACAUACAUGUCGCUUAUGAAUCACCUUGACCGAAAUGAAAUGACGUGACAGUGAUUUACUCAGACCUGUUUUUGAUUGAUCACCUAAUAUUCUUUGAUUGUUCCGUUGUACUACUUAAACUUGGAUUAGUAUUAAUUUGGUUAUUUAUUCUCUGAAGAAGUGGCUUACACUGAGUCACGAAACGUCAGAAAAUCUAAUUUUUCUACUCAUUGGGAUAUUACAAAUAUAUAAUUUAUUUAUUUUACAACUUUGUUUCGUUUUCAGUUUCUUAUAAUUUACAAUUAUAAUAUAAAAUUUUCUUAUACAUUUUGUUUUCAUUUGAAAAUCGGAAAAAAAAUUCCACAAAAUCUGUUCAUAUCUGGUAAAGACCGUGUUAUUUUCCAUUUUGGGGAUUUUACUGUUCAGCUUAUUAACACAGUAUUGUCGGAGUUGUGUUUUAUGUAAUAAAUAUGUAGACUUAGUUUUGUUAUUGAAAGUAACGAUGACCCAUGUAAGACAAUUUUCAAUGUCUGAGAUCCAGCAAUCAGUGAUUUGGGUCCCAAAAUUUGAUUAAUCUGUAUAAGUGAUGUUGACAUGAUGGGGCUUGAAACUUAUGAUUUUAAGCAGUACAUUUUUCUUUGUUGAAAUUAUACGUCUAAGUAGACCUUUCUUAGUGUCUUGGUUUACACUAAAGUAUUAUUUUCUAAACGUUUUGUGCUCUUUGCAGGACGUUAAAUUCAGUUCCUUUUUUACAGAACUACUCACUAAUUGCUAAUUUAGGGAAU